UCAGACGCGAUAAGGCGCAUAUAUGUCUCGCGUUUCGCGCUGUAUGGUGAAAUUGCCGUUGUGUAGGGUAGCGGAGACAUAACCUCAAAGGCGAGGCUCCGCGAUUCGAUUUUCUGAUUUUUCGAUCCGCUGGAGCACUUUGCAGUAGUGCGAUUUCCAAAAAUUCAUUUUCGUCGUAAUUAUUUUCCCGAAUCGAGACGCGUAUCUGCACCUUUUCGUAAAAUUUGCGAGAAAGCACCCAGUCAUAUCAAAAAGCGGUGGAGGCAUGUAUGAUUAAUACAGUUUACCAGCUGAAACAGGCAAGUUUUAAUGAGGAAGACUUAAACGGGAAACACUUAACAUUUUACUUGCAUUUAGUCAUAAAGCUAUAAUACUAAAGUUAUGUACGUGGAUAAGCAGAUAAAAACGCUUAUAACAUUAUCAUUACGUACAUGGUAAAAGGAUAUGACUUAUCAUGAUAUUAUCAUCUUUUUGCCUAGUCAAAUGCGAGAUUUGAUCGUGCGAUUGUACCACUGUUCUGUAAAUGUAACCUAAGCAAUAGGCAAUAACUCGUUGAAGGAAUCCUAAUAAACUAGUGGGAAUGGGCAAUUGUUUGUGUAAAGAUACUCCAGGGAUAUACGACAUUGAGACAUAUGGCAGUAGAAAUCAUGCAGAAACUCAGACUACCAUAAUACCAGAACCGAGUAUAAGUAUAGUCUCGUGUAGCGAUUCGGCAUCCCCUUCCUUUAAAUUUCCUGCCGGGUCACAUAUUGACAAACUUGUAUUGGAAACACUUGGAAGUCUUGAUACUCUGGUAGAUAAUGAUCAUGAGCCACCGCCAGCAAUGUUAAAAUUGAAUUCCAUUGCGGACAAGGAAGAGGGCUGGAUACAAGUAGUUAGUUCUAUGGUCAAUGUUAUUCCAAUGAACAAUCCGUUGGGUCCUUCGGUUAUAGUAUUAUUGCUAGAUGAUUGCCCUUUACCUUCAAAGGAAUCCGUGCUACGAUUAUCAAAUAUGUUUCAAUUGCCUCAAAAACUUGGACAAAUACAAAUUACAACUACGCAGCAACGCAAUAUAUGCGUAGUACUUGGUUGUAUUGCAGAUAAACUUGCUGGUCCUAGUAGUAUUGCGAUAUUAUCUGACGCUACUUUAGAUUAUCUAGUUUCAAAUCUACGAAAAGAUGUUGAGCCUUACGUAAUGUUAUAUUCUUUGAUAGCACUAGAGAAGUUUGCACAGACAAGUGAAAAUAAGAUAACUAUUAAGAAACGCCUUAUGGCGGAAAAACAAAAUCCAUUACUGGAAUUGGAGAAAUGGGCUACGGAAACGCAUUAUGUACGUCGACAAGUUGGUUUUUGUGCACAAUGGUGUUUAGAUAAUUUAUUCUUAAUGGAAGGUAGAAAAUAUUCCCACGACUCCGUCGAUGUGACGGGUAUUAAUGUAAUGUUAAAUACGAAAGAUGUAAGCGAGUACCUGAAAAUAUCACCUAAUGGUUUGGAGGCACGAUGUGAUGCAUAUUCCUUCGAAAGUGUACGAUGCACGUUUCAAGUAGAUUCAGGAAUAUGGUAUUAUGAAACACUGAUAAUAACUACAGGAGUUAUGCAGAUUGGAUGGGCCACAAAGGACAGCACGUUUCUCAAUCACGAGGGCUAUGGUAUAGGAGAUGAUGAAUUUUCUUUGGCCUAUGAUGGCUGUCGCAAACUGAUUUGGUAUAAUGCACGAGGCGAAAAAUUUCAUGACAGACCAUGUUGGAAAUCCGGUGAUAUCUUGGGUUGUUUAUUGGAUUUAAACAAAUUAGAGAUAAUAUUCUCUAUUAAUGGCGUACCACUUAAACCGUGCAUUCAAGUAUUUAAUACAGUAAGGUCUGGAUUCUUUGCAGCAGCUAGUUUCAUGUCAUUCCAACAAUGUCUAUUUAAUUUUGGACAUGUACCUUUCAAAUAUCCACCCACUGAUCGAGAAUUUCAAAAAUUUAAUGACUAUGCUACAUUGAAACCAGAAGACAAGAUCAUACUUCCUAGGCACAUAUACCUAGAUCAAUUACGAAGGCUUAGUGUUAGGGAAGAUUCCUGUACGUUAUGUUUCGAUCAGAGAGCAUCAGUGAGGUUACUGCCAUGCAACCAUAGAGGAUUUUGCCAAAGGUGUUCAAAACAGUUGGUUGAAUGCCCAAUGUGUAGGGCUACCAUUGAAGAAGUAGCGUCAGAUAACAUAUGACAUCGAUCAUCUCAUAUCAAUAUUUACGAAUUGUUUCAUCACUUCUUUGAUGUCAUACAAUUUUUAUGGAAAUAUCACGAGAUAAUCAUAAUUAUAGAUAGUUAUUUACGUCGUGUAUUGUAUACAGUUAUCACGUGUCACAUAGUAUUUUUCUCUAUGCAAUACAGCGCAUUAAUAAAUAGAAAGAACUACAAAUUAAUUAUAGAGAAACGAAUUCCGUGAUAGUACAUUGCAAAGAUUUGAAUAAGUUUCUAUUUAAAAAAUCAAAGAUCUUAAAGAAUGCGUAAACAAAUGUUUUACAAAGACAAAACAUUCUCCUUUUCCAUACUUCUCUAUACUUUUUCUACUAUAUAGAUUUAUAGUAAGAUAUUUUGUGAUUUAAAUGAUAUCCUCACGAACAUUAACUUCAAGAGAUUAAAACUAAGUAUAAAUGGCUAUAUAUAUAUACUAAUUUAUAUGAUUAUAAUAAUGAGUAGAGAAACAAACAGAUGCGAGAAAAUUAUAACAAAUAGACCGGAGAAAAUUAUAAAUCAGAAGACGAGCAUAAAUCAGAGAAACCGAAAGAGCUCAAACUCCGUAUGAAAAAAUUUCAUAUAGGCACUUUUGAUGGAAGUAACGUAUGUAUUUGUUAUCACACGAAUAGUCAAACAAAAUUUGAUAUAUACGAGCGCUUUUCUUCAUGAUAUCAAUGAAUACAAUGGUUGCUCUAUCGAUUGUGUUUAUAGAUUUUCGCUUUGAAACUUGUGACUGAAUCAUGAAAUUCGAAAGGUUAUUUAUUCAUUAACUUGAAAAUGUAUUUCCUCUAUUAGAAUUACAAAAGUUCAGAUUAUAUCUUCAAACUAUUUAAAUUCUUAAUUAAGUUGCGUAAGUGAACAUUUACAACUAAUGUAACUAGUGAUUUAAUGUAAGUUUAUCUUUAAGGAAUUGUGAAAUACUGAUAGUAUAUAUUAUAUCAAAAACACUACAUUCACACACAUACAUACACAUAUAUUAUAUUCUUGGGAAGAUAUAA